AUGGUGAUGGAACAAGUCUUGACACCGGUGAAGGAGUUAUCAACAGAGGAACAAGCUUCGAUUGAGUUUUACGAGCAGUUAUCGCAGGUCAAGACGAAGUUGCGAACAUCGGAUUUACAAACGAAGGAUCAAUUAGAGUUAAUAAACUCUAAGAUUGGUUCGCACGAACAGAUGAUGACGGAGAUUAACAAGAAAUUGGAGUUUCUGAUCAAACAUCUUCUUGGGAAAGAAACGAUACAAGAAUUCGGAGGAUCGAGUCAAGCGGGAGCUGCAAGAUCUCAAGUUCUUCGAAACCAGGUACCAAAUUCUUCUCUGAAACCCUGCCGUAGUGAGAUUAGGUCGGGAUUACGAGAGAAUCUUCUCAGAAAUGUUGAGAUGGCCAUAUUCGAAGGGUUUGGCAUAUAUGGUUGGAUCGCUAAGGUGGAAAGAUUUUUUGCGAUGGGUGGUUAUAACGAAGCGGAGAAGUUAGCUCUGGAGAUGCAGGAGCUAGUGCAUAUGCAGAAACCACGUGAUUUACCUGAGGUGAUCGCAGAAGCAAGGGCUAUGGAAGGAAGCAUUAUGAGCCGAGUGGUUAAGAAAGAGUUAUUGUUAGCAAACAAAGAAAACAAAGACCCUCAUGUUUAUGAACAAAGGGCUCAAUCAGGGGUUAACAACAAUAACCGGAAGACAAAGGUUAUUACAACAGAAACGACACCAAUGGGUGAUAGACAGUUGGUGCGUUCUGAACCAAGACCAAGAAGACAUAAUACAAAUGCGGAAUUAGACGAGAAGAGGAUGAAGGGCAUUUGCUUUAAAUGUGAUGGACCAUGGUAUAAAGACCAUAAGUGUCCAAAUAGAGAAUUAAGGGUGCUCACCGUAUUCAAUGGAUUUGAAGUAGAAGUCUUGGAUGGAAUUGGGGAAGAAGAAACAAUAGAAGAGGCUAUCGGAGAAUGUAUGGCACUUUCAUUUUCAUCUUAUAGAGGACUUUCCUCAUCUACAACUACUAAAGUUCGUGGGGCAGUAGGCAAAGAAGGAGUGGUGAUAAUGCUAGACAGUGGAGCCACACAGAAUUUCAUUUCACCUGCAGCAGUAAAGAAGCUCAAGCUGAAAUGCAGGACAAACCCUAACCUUAAUGUCCGACUAGGAAACGGAUUGUUGGUGAAUGGUUUAGGAGUGUGUGAGAACGUAACAUUCUCCACUCAGAAUUUGGAGUUCACACAAAAUUUCGUGGUGUUGGAGUUGGGACUCAUUGAUGUAAUUCUGGGAGUAGCUUGGUUGAGUACACUCGGGGAUUGCAGAGUCAACUGGCAUACUAAUGAAAUGUCAUUCCUGUACAAGGGCAAGACUGUUCUAUUGAGAGGUGAAGAAGAUUUAAACAACUCCAAGAUGUCCCUAAAGUCCUUGUCUAGCAACUACACAGUCAAUUCAAAAUGUGUGGAAGUGGAACUGUGUAACCAUCAAUUAACCCAACCUACUACACAUCAAUUGGACACAAGCAUUCAGACGGUUCUCUCAAAUUUCACCAGUGUGUUUGCCAUUCCGACAUCUUUACCACCUAUUAGAGGGCGUGAACACGCCAUUAACUUGAUCCCUGGCACAACAACCAUCAGUGUGAGGCCAUAUAGAUAUCCACAUGCUCAAAAAGAAGUGAUGGAGAAGAUGGUACGAGAUAUGCUUGAGGCUGGCAUCAUUCUACCAAGCCAAAGUCCUUUCUCAAGUCCGGUUCUCUUAGUCAAAAAGAAGGAUGACAUUUGGUGUUUUUGUGUUGAUUAUAGAGCACUGAACAGCGCCACAAUACCGGAUAAAUUUCCUAUACCGAUGAUUGAUCAGCUUUUGGAUGAGUUAAAUAGAUCGGUGAUUUUCUCCAAGAUGGAUCUUCGAGCAGGAUACCAUCAGAUAAGAAUGAAGGAAGAGGAUGCGUUGAUGAAUGAGCUAUUCAGACCUUACUUGAGGAAGUUUAUCCUAGUCUUCUUUGAUGACAUAUUGAUAUACAGCAGGAACUUGGAUGAACAUGUGGAGCACUUGACAGUGGUUUUGAAGGUGUUAGAGGAGCAUUGCUUAUUUGCCAAUCAAAAGAAAUGCAUGUUUGGUCAACCUCAAGUCGGCUACUUGGGUCAUAUAAUAACGUAUGAGGGAGUUUCAACAUAUCCUACCAAGACUCAAGCGAUGACUAAGUGGGUGACUCCUAAAUCAGUGAAGAAAUUGAGAGGAUUUUUAGGCCUUACAGGAUACUAUCGGAGGUUCAUAAAAGGCUAUGGCGUUUUGGCUCGACCCCUAACUGAUUUACUUCGGAAAGACAGUUUUGAGUAG